CCCAAAAAAGGGGGGCAAGGCAGCCGGGUGUGUAAACAAGUAAAACGAGAUGGACAAGGAAGCUCUGCAGUGAGUCUGUGGCCCUGCAUCCCUUCCACUUGCAGCCUGAGCCCAGCGAGAGUGUGGGAGCGGGGAGGCUGGUGGGGGACGGUGCAGUCCCAGCCCUUCAAACACCUCCCAGGUCCUGGGUGGAAACCCCAGGGUGCAGGAUAGCAUUGCAGAUGCCAGGCACUGCGAGGCAUGACCGAGAGAUGGCAAUCCAGGCCAAAAGGAACCUGUCCAAAACCACUGACCCUGUAGAAAGACUUCGACUGCAGUGUUUAGCAAGGGGAUCUGCAGGCAUCAAAGGACUUGGCAGAGUGUUUAGAAUUAUGGAUGAUGACAACAGCAGGACCCUUGAUUUCAAAGAGUUUGUGAAAGGAUUAAAUGAUUAUGCUGUGAUGAUAGACAAGGAAGAAGCACAAGAGAUUUUCCGGAUAUUUGAUAAAGAUGGCAGUGGAACAAUUGAUUUUGAUGAAUUUCUUGUUACACUGAGACCUCCCAUGUCAAAUGCAAGAAAAGAGAUCAUCAUGCAGGCAUUUAGGAAGUUAGAUAAGACUGGAGAUGGUGUUGUAACAAUUGAAGACUUACGGGAGGUGUAUAAUGCAAAGCAUCAUCCCAAAUACCAGAAUGGAGACUGGACAGAAGAUCAGGUUUUUAGGGCCUUUCUGGAUAAUUUUGAUUCCCCCUAUGACAAAGAUGGGAAGGACAUAAAAACAGCUCCAUCUCCUGAUGCAAGAAGUUUAGUCCGUUAACUUCAGUGUUAUUGGACCUAAUGCUGUAUGAGAGCUUCCUGCAGGGAUGCUUCCUAAUGUCAGAUUAGAGCAGUCUGACCAAAGAAUCAGACCUCUCUGGAAGAUGAAAAAGAAUUAUUUGCAAAAUGCGAGGCCGUGUUACAGAAACAUAUUGCUUUGGGACACAGAGCCAUCACACAUCGUAAACACUGGUUUUCUUAUUCUUAGGUUACAAAAGAUGAAUUUUUGAACUGCUACGCAGUUAGCGCUUCUGUGGACAGCAAUGCCUACUUCAUUUUAAUGAUGAAGAAAUCCUGGGAACUGACUUUUUCUUCCAUUAGCCCCAGCUUUUUGGGGACCAGAGAACA